UGAGCUUUUCCAGGCGCGGGCAGAUCUGGGUAGCAUCAUGCCACCACUGCGCUUCCUUGACUCAUAACGCGUAAUUUUGGAAGAAGUUGCAAUUUGUGAUCUGUAUUGUGUCUUCUUGUCCCUUCUCUCCUGUCUUCCUGACUACGCCAACAUGUCGACUUUUGGCGAGUAUUUCCGGGUGACCACCUAUGGCGAGUCGCACUGCCGCUCCGUCGGCUGCAUCGUCGAUGGCUGCCCGCCCGGCAUGGAGCUCACCGAGGAGGACAUCCAGCCCCAGAUGACCCGCCGUCGCCCGGGACAAAGCGCCAUCACGACCCCGCGCAACGAGAAGGACCGCGUGCUGAUCCAGAGCGGAACCGAGUUUGGCGUCACCCUCGGGACGCCAAUCGGCAUGAUGGUGAUGAACGAGGACCAGCGGCCGAAGGACUACGGCAACCAAACCAUGGACAUGUUUCCCAGGCCCAGUCACGCCGACUGGACCUACCUCGAGAAGUACGGCGUCAAGGCGAGCAGCGGCGGCGGGAGGAGUAGCGCACGCGAGACCAUCGGACGCGUCGCAGCGGGUGCCAUUGCCGAGAAGUACCUGAAGCUGGCCUAUGGCGUCGAAAUCGUCGCCUUCACCAGCUCAGUCGGCAACGUCCACUUGUUCCCUCCCACGCCCGAACAUCCCAGCCCGAGCACCAACCCCGCGUUCCUAUCGCUCCUCAACAAAAUCGACCGCAAGACAGUCGACGAAUACCUUCCCGUCCGCUGCCCCGACGAGACGAUCUCCCGGAAGAUGGAGCAGUACGUCUCCGAGUUCAAAGAGCGCAACGACAGCAUCGGCGGGACAGUCACCUGCGUCAUCCGCAACGCCCCGAGCGGCCUUGGCGAGCCCUGCUUCGACAAGCUCGAGGCCAAGCUGGCGCACGCCAUGCUCAGCAUCCCCGCCACCAAGGGCUUCGAGAUCGGAUCCGGCUUCGGCGGCUGCGAGGUUCCCGGGUCGACGCACAACGACCCCUUCGUCUCGGCGGCAGACGUGGAGCUCCCUUCCAGCGUAGCAGAGAGCGGCGCUGCCAAGAGCGGCUUCACGCGACCCAAGCUGACGACCAAGACGAACUACUCCGGCGGCAUCCAGGGCGGCAUCUCCAACGGCGCGCCCAUCUACUUCCGGAUCGCCUUCAAGCCGCCGGCGACCAUCGGCCAGGAGCAGAUGACGGCGACGUACGAUGGGUCCGCGGAGGGGAUCCUGGCGGCCAAGGGGCGGCACGACCCCUGCGUGGUGCCGCGGGCGGUGCCCAUCGUGGAGGCGAUGGCGGCGUUGGUGUUGAUGGAUGCCGUGCUUGCGCAGCAGGCGAGGCACACGGCCAAGAGCCUGCUGCCGCCGCUGAAGCAGACCAUCAACUCGGGCAAGCCGGCAGGGAACGGUGUCACGGAGGCGGAGGAGGGCGUCAAGGGUCAAUAGAUAGGGAAGUCUAAAAAGGUCAAUGGAUGUGGUGGGAUACCCGAGUGUAUGGGUCCUCCUUAAGCACAGUGGCGUGACCGUUUGUAGAUGGGCUGUUAUGUGUGCGUUCCGUCCCUCAGUCGAGUACCACACUUGAACUGCUUGUUGCAAAGAGGAAAUAGGUG